AUGGUUCAUAUAGUUCCAUGUCAUAAGACAAUAGAUGCCCAACAUACUGCUCAAUUAUUGUUGAAUCAUGUGUUCAGACUCCAUGGUUAUCCAAGAACAAUCGUCUCCGAUAGAGAUCCAAGAUUCCUUUCAGAAAUAUGGGAGAGAUGGACAAAGACGAUGGAUUCUAAACUCAAGAUGACUGUGGCACACAGAGCACAAGCUGAUGGUCAAACUGAAAGAAUGAAUAGAGAAAUUAUUAGAAUAUUAACUAAAGCCUCAACAGAGUAUGGGGAGAUUUGUUCUGAUAUCAUUCCACUUAUUGAAUUUGCAAUGAACUCAUCAAUGAGCAAGUCUACAAAGAUGUCACCAUUCCAAAUCGUUUAUGGAUUCAAUCCACCAACUCCCGUUAAUCAUUUCAAUUCAUUAACAAAGACUCGUAUACCAAUGAGCAACAUCAAAAAGAUUGUCCGUGAUAAUAUACUAGAUGCUCAAAUCAAUGCUCAAAACUACUACAACCGAGGUCGUGGUGAUGUUAUCUUCGUAGUCGGAGAAAAGGUUAUGGUUAAAAGAAAAUUCUUCCAAACUAACAUUUCAAAAGAUCUAAUCUCUCACAAACUUGAAUCCAAGAAUUGUGGACCAUUCAUAAUCACUGCCGUUCAUGGUAAUAAUGUAACACUCGAUUUAAUAGGUUAUCCAAAGAAACACAAUGUGUUCAACAAGGAUCAAAUCGUAAAACUAUACGAGGACAGUGAGUGGUUAAGAGAAGAGAUAUCGAUGCCCGAACCUGAGGAGAUGGACGAAGCAAGUUACGAAGUUGAAAGUAUUCUCAAUCACGAUAAAGUCAAAAAGAUGUACCUAGUGAAGUUCAAAGGUUACCCAGAACCUGAAUGGAUCAAAGAAGUCGAUACAGACUGUGAAGAGUUAGUCAGAGAGUAUUGGAAUAACGUGCAGAAGAAACAAUUGAACUCAAGAAGAGAAAGAGAGAAUGCAACUACAGAAGCCGUUGAGCCAAUUGUGUCACCUCCACUCUCCCAAGAAGUUCAAAGUUCUCAAACAUUGCAACCAAUUACUCCAAGACAACAAAACUCCAUCUCAAAUCAAAGAAACCAAUCAAAGAAAAGAAAAUCAAGAAAUCAAAAUACUUCAAGUGAUGAUGAUGAACUUGAUCUUAGUUUACAAAUUAAAACAACUAGAUCAGGAAGAAAAGUUACACCCAAGAGUUUAUAG